AUGCCUAGCCCGACUAAUCAGGAUCACUCAACCUCACUCCCGCUGGGAUCCACACAGUCCGCCUCGGGACCCAGCAGCCUUCCUCACCCGCCACCGCCAUCCUCGCCUGGCACUCCGCGAUCCCUGAGGAAGCUGGCUUCUGCUCAUAGCCUCGCAGCCCACCCGGCUCCAUUCUCCGGCUCUGUUACGAAUCUCAGGGCCUCGACGACAGCGACGAACCCACCUUCCCUCAUCGCCCAGCAACGCCUGGCCGUGCGGCAACAAGACCAACACCACCACCGCGGUCUCCCUUCCCCGAGGAGACAUGCCAGCACCACCUUCAACACUUCCUCCCCGCGAGCCAGAGCCAACAGCGACGCUCCAGUUGCCCUUCAAUUGAACGCUGCCGCUGCAGCAAUGUCCUCCCAGGCCCUGCGCAACAGCGGAGCUUUGGCCGGCCGCACCCUGGCCCACGAUGCCCUGUCGCUCGAGAGGCUCAUCCGGGAUGGCCCCCCCGACGGCGACUUCGAGAGUGCCCUGGAAUCAGCCAGGAUCAAGGUCUUGAAGCAAGAAAUCAAGAGCGACGGUGAUGGCAUGUCUAAGUUACGCAUAUACGUCUGGCUCAUCAUGCUCGACGCCCCGGUCCUCAGCACCGAUGAGUACCUCAGCUUCGUACACCGCGGCGCGUCGCCCGCCUACUCCAAGAUCCGCAACGAUACCUUCCGCACCCUGACCACCGACCCUCUGUUCCGCCGCCGCGUGAGCGAGGCCAGUCUCAUCCGCCUCCUCAACGCCAUUGCCUGGAAGCUCCACGACUCCAAGCCACAGAACCCCCUCGCAACCACCCGCCAGUCUCUGCCCGCCUCCCAUGAGACUCCCUCCUCCCACGGCGCACACGGCGGCCACGCGUCUCACAGCUCCAGCCCGGCAGCCAAGAACCGCGCCCGCGCGCUGACGCUCACCACCGAAGGGUCCGAGAGCAGCGUGGCGCCUGAGGCGGGCACCUACGUCCAGGGCAUGAACGUCCUUGCCGCGCCGUUCCUGUACGCAGCUCGCAGCGAGGCUGAGGCCUUCGUGGCCUUUCACCAGCUGCUCACCAGGGAGUGCCCAGGGUACAUCCGCGGCGCCAUGGACGGCGUCCACCGGGGCCUGAAGCUGGUCGACAAGGUGCUCGGGAUAGUCGACGCCAAGCUGAGCAUGUUCCUGACGUCCAAGGGCAUGCAGGCCGAGCUCUACGCGUUCCCGAGCGUGAUGACGCUAUGUGCGUGCACGCCGCCGCUGCCCGAGGUGCUGCGGCUGUGGGACUUCCUAUUUGCCUACGGGCCGCACUUGAACAUCGUUUGUAUUGCCGCGCAGCUGGUCAUACACCGCGACGAGCUCAUGGCCUCACCCAACCCCAGUCAUUUCCUGCGGACAUUCCCGGCCUUGAAUGCGGAGAAGGUCCAGGCUAUGACCCUGGCCCUUCUGGCGAAGCUACCGGACGAUGUGUACGCCGAGAUCAUCUCGCACGCUAUGUGA